AUGCUGCCAUUUCUUCUGACAGCCUUCUUGAAGGACAGGAUCCUUAACAAGACCUUCUUCGUCUGCCUUUUUACCUUUAUCUCUCUCAUCAUUUAUCUGUUUAUCCUCCUGGGUUGCAUAAGCAAGGGCGUGGGAAUCGAGAAUCUGUAUUGGGUCAUGAUAUCGCAGAACGGGACUGCUGGUCAGCUACCAGUCGAAGUGAGGAUAGGGUAUUUUGGCAUGUGCGCAUCCUUCCCACCAAAUGCCACAAUGCCAGAUGACAGACAGAUUCCUGCACCAUUAGAAUGCUUCCCAGGUGAUACACCACCGGGCCUUUCCAGCAUACCGAUGGAGCAUCCUGUCCUUUCUUCUGCGCUGACACUCCAGAAAUCCGCUCUAUAUCCUCUCCCUGCACUCGCUUCAUCCCUCUACCUUGUGUCUCUGAUAUAUUAUUUCAUCUUUCGCGAACGAGGCGGCCGUAACGAAAAGAUUUCCAAGCUCCUCUUAGGGAUCAGUGCAGCGCUAGGGGCUGCUGGAGCAUUGUGUGCCAUGUCUAGUGCGAAGGCGUUGCAUGAAAUAGGAAUUUUGCUAGGACAUCAUGCGGUUGGUGGUGGAGAGGGCGAAGUGACGAUUCAAGCCGGGAGUUGGGAGGGAGUUGGACUCUGUGUUGCAGCUGGCAUCCACUUUUUCAUUGCAAUAUAUGCGGCAUGUGGAAUGCCCGUUUUUGGUCUGGGGUUUGGUAGGGGAUACAUCGGAAAGAGGUUUCUGUAG